AUGGAUCCAUCGCGGGCUAUUGAUGCACUGAAGGAGGCCAUCCCAGAUGGCCAAUUCUUCUUUCGAGGUACGACUGAGUACGGAGACAGGAACUCUUCAUAUCUCUCUCAGCUAGAAAGCGACCUCAAGCCAGCCUGCAUCUUCCAGCCCCGCUCCCUACAAAACGUUGUGACGUUCGUGCGGACUAUUCGACCUUUUGCCUGCAAGGGAGAAGCUCAGUUCGCCGUUCGUGGGGGCGGCCAACAGCCUGCACCUGGCUGUGCCAACAUUCAAGAUGGUAUCACCGUCGAUCUAAGCAACCUAGCCGGGAUCGAGGUCAAGAAAGACCAGGGCCUGAUAGAAAUUGGCGCUGGGGCACGCUGGGGCGCCGUCUAUGACAAGCUUGAUGGCUCUGGAAUUGGAGUCGCCGGUGGCAGAGCCAACAACUGUGGCAUUGGUGGGCUGUCACUCGAAGGUGGUCUCUCUUUCUUCUCUUCGCGGGAGGGAUUCAUAUGCGACAAUGUUGUCAACUAUGAGAUUGUGCUGGCUUCAGGUGAAGUCGUCAAUGCCAACGCCAAGCAACAUCCAGAUCUAUGGAGAGCGCUGCGAGGCGGUGGAAACAACUUUGGGAUAGUCACACGCUACGACUUCAAGACCUUCCCUCAGGGCUCUAUUUGGGGAGGUAACAUCUACUACUUUCUCCCGAGUAUCCCCAGUCAAAUCGAGAAUCUUGUGAAUGAGCUCAAUCGACCGAAUCCAUCCCACGAGACCCAUCUCAUGGUCAGCAUCGGAUAUGCGGGCGCCCUGAGCCCGGAUCCCGUCGGGUUGAAUACGGUUUAUUUCACGCAGGCUGUAGAAAACCCGCCAGAAUUAACCCCAUUCAUGUCCGUCCAACCGCAGAUCGAACAGUAUAGCUCGGUACGGACAAUGACAUUGAAAGAAGCUGCCACAGAUCAGGCUGCAGGCGUCUCGAUGGGCACACGGUGUGCGUAUAUGAACAUCACGGUAAAAAGCAAUGCUGCGGCGUUGAUAGCUGCUUCGGAGAUAUACAAAGAAGCCCUCGAACCUGUCAAAUCCGUAGAAGGGCUUAGAUGCUCUUUCACUCUCCAGCCGUAUCCCGCUUCACUGCUGGAGAAGUCUUCUCAGAACGGAGGGAAUUCCUUGGGUCUAGAGACAACCCACGAACCUCUUGUGUCGGUCUUGCUUCUUUCCUACUGGCAGAAUGUAGGCGAUGACGGUAGGAUUCUGGAGAUGAUGGGCAAUGCACUUGAGAAGAUCAAGGCAGAGGCAGCUUCUCGAGAGCAGCUGGUACCCUACGUGUAUAUGAACUACGCCUUUGUCAACCAGGACCCCGUAGGGUCUUAUGGUGAAGACAGCAAGAGGCAUCUAACGGAGGUCAGCAAAAAGUACGAUCCAGAGGGUCUUUUCCAAAAAGGCUGUCCAGGAGGGUUUAAACUACAUCACUAG